CGAAGACAUCUCAGCGCGGGCCGAUGCUGGUUGAUACAGACUACAAAAAAGGUGUAAUUUUACAGGCUGUACGGAGGUGCAUACGCGGCGCCUAUUGAUGGCAAAUAAUUCUGGUGACUUUGUCGAAAAAGAUGAACAUUCUAAGCCAUUACGUCUCAUCCAGUCGAGAUUUGACGAAUUACGAGUCUAUAAAUCCUCGUUUACUAUUGCGUUUCCACUGCUUCACAUUGUAAUUGACGUGGAUCUCGGUAGCGAGAUCGUAGACAUCUGUUCUACACACUGCUACGUAGUUGUGGUUACGGGUAAACACAUCUAUAUUGCUCACAAAGAUGAGUUGGAGAGCCCUUUGAAAUGUUCUUAUGAGCUCAAGGAUCAACUGAAUCUAUCAUUCGAACCAGCUAGUUGGCACUCGAACAAAGUGCAGGCAGAUGAAAAAGCUGCCCUUACCACUGGUUGGUCGAAGAAUGAGAAGAAGAACGUAGCUGAUGUUGUUUUGACCUCAACGUUGUCUACAGUUUACCUCGUAUAUACGGUAGACAAUGUAAGCACGGUAGUGAGGCUUUUUAACGAGUACAGUUAUGCAGAAUCCGACGAGGUGAGGCCUGUGAUUGUCCAAAUACCAGAAGAUAUUCGAAUAACUAUGGCAGUGUCUGGUAACGAUCACAGCUUAUUCUUGACUGAUAAAGGUGCUGUCUAUGCUUUGGGCACAGGAAGUCGCGGUGAGCUUGGUAUUGGUCUGAUCCCUAGAGUAACUGAGCUCACAUGGGUGGAAGCACUCGAAGGAGUUCAUGUGACAACUAUUGCUGCAGCCGGUUGGCAUAGUGCUGCUUUGACAAAUGAUGGUGAUGUUUAUGUGUGGGGUUGGAAUCAUCGUGGACAACUAGGCGACGAAAAGGAGAAAGUGGAGCUCUACCCACUACCUCUCGACAUUGACCUCAGAGUUGUGAAAAUUGAACUAAGGGAUCAUUUGACUGCACUGUGGGUAGCGGAAGAUGGGGAUGAGCCAUCUAUAGUCAUGGGAUUGGACGAAAUAGGAAUGCUGCCGUUCCGCUUGCAGUAUUAUGAUGUUGAACCUGAUAAGAAGACUGAAGAAAAACUGGCUUCGGAUACACAAGUGGACAUGGUGUUUUUGAGUGGAAAAGAAUUGCUUCGCGAUGGCGAUGGGGAAUUUGAGUACCCUAUAAGGGACAAGGAUUAG